AUGUCCGCUCAUGCAUUACUAAAUAAUAUUAUCUGUCGUCGUUUUUCCCUACUAAUGAAUGAGACGCGUUCGUUGAUCGCUGUUUGUCAGUUAACGUCGACGAAUGAUUUGGAAGCUAAUUUCGAAGUUGCAAAAUGGAUGAUGAAGCGUGCUAAAGAGCGCAAUGCGAAGAUGGUUUUCUUCCCGGAGUGUUUUGAUUAUGUUGGAGAAAGCCGUGAAGAGAAUGAAAUGCUGGCUUUGACUGAGAGUGGCGAUUAUAUUGGUCGAUAUCGAAAUUGUGCUAGAGACUAUGGACUUUGGCUCAGUUUGGGUGGAUUUCACGAAAAGGAUCUCUCUGGAUUACGGAAACCUUUCAAUACCCACCUUAUUAUAGAUGACAGAGGAGAAACUCGUGGUAUUUACAAAAAACUUCAUCUGUUCGAUUUAGAUAUUCCUGGAAAAGUGCGAUUAAUAGAAAGCGAAUUUUCAAGCCGUGGAAAUGAAAUUUUGAAGCCAGUUUGUACACCUGUGGGGAAUGUUGCUAUGUCUAUUUGUUACGAUUUGCGGUUUGCUGAAUUGGCAUUGUGGUAUCGCAUGAAUGGAGCUCAUAUUCUAACAUACCCGGCGGCUUUCACUGUUAAUACUGGCCUUGCACACUGGGAAACCUUAUUAAGAGCUAGAGCAAUCGAAACACAAUGUUACGUUGUCGCUGCUGCUCAGACUGGUAAACAUAACGACAAAAGGUCGUCAUAUGGUCAUGCAAUGGUUGUUGACCCUUGGGGAACAGUUGUUGCUCAGUGUUCGGAUACUAUAGAUAUGUGUUUUGCUGAAAUAACAUUAAAUUAUCUCAAUGAAAUACGAAAGCUGCAACCUGUUUUUAAUCAUCGGCGUUCCGACUUAUAUUCAUUGAUAGUGGUGCAGAGGAACAAAAUCGGGAAGGAAAUGUACACAUUCGGUAAUCACAAUAUUCCGCCCGAGCACGUUUUUUAUCGCAGUACUUACACAUUCUGCUUUGUGAAUCGAAGACCUGUACUUCCUGGACAUGUGCUAUUAUGUCCGAUCAGAAAUGUGAAACGGCUCACUAAAUUAAGUCAUGCCGAAACUUCCGAUUUAUUCAUAACUGCAAAGAGAAUACAGGCAAUGCUGGAAAACUACUAUAAAGUAACGUCUUCGACUGUUUGUGUUCAAGAUGGCCUUGAAGCAGGACAGACUGUUUCACACGUACACGUACACAUACUUCCGCGCAAGAAAGAUGAUUUUGGCGGUAAUCCGGAUAAUAUUUAUCGCGAAUUAGCUGAGCAUGAUAAGACCGAAGAAAAGAAAUUCCGGGACAAGGAAGAAAUGCAGAAUGAAGCCAAUCUAGUAGCAGAAGUUCGAAUUCUUCCAUUUAUACAGCAUGCGAUGAAGCGAAUAUAUAACGUGCAAGGACUUCGUCGCUUAUUGGCAGUGGCAGCGUUUAAAAUAGUCUGGAAACACAGCGAAAUAGACAUUCCAAAGGCUUUAAGCAAUCCGGUAAUCGUAAAAGGGAUGGCAUUAUGGCGUUGCUUCAAGAGAUGUAACAGACGGAUACUGCAGGCAGUUGUCUUGGCUUUUUGUUUUAUUGGAUUUUACACAAUUUUUUCUGCACUAAAACUGCCAACGGUGCAUCAAAAGAAGCAUAGCAGCAUAAUGGCUGGUGUUUUCAUUGGAAACGUUGCUCAGCAGAUACAAAUUUUGGAUAGUGGCACAGAUCCAUUUGCUUCAUAUAAAAGUUUCGGUAAAAAGGACUGGCAUGAUUAUGAAUCAAUGGAACGUGAUGCAAUAAGACAAGGUCCUGGCGAGGGUGGUCUACCGGUAGUAGUAGCAUCUGACGAGCCGAAAAAGUUACGGAAUGAUCUUUAUCGUGCAAAUGGUUAUGAUGCUUAUGUUAGCGACUUGAUUGCUUUGGAUCGUUCGGUUAAAGAUAUACGGCAUCCUGGGUGCAAGAGUAUGGUUUAUCUUGAAAAACUGCCCACUGUGGGAGUGGUAUUUCCCUUCUAUGAUGAGCACAAUUCCACAUUGCUAAGAAGUGUAUAUUCUGUUAUAAAUCGUUCUCCAAAAGAUAUAAUGAAGGAAGUUAUUCUUGUCGAUGAUGGAAGCACAAAACCGUCACUGAAAGAACCACUUGAAGAGUUUCUGAAAAAGGCCGGUCUUAAUCACGUCGUGAAAGUUAUUCGUACGCAAAAAAGAGAAGGAUUGAUUCGAGCGCGUCAAGUAGGUGCGCGGCAUGUAACUGCCGAUGUGAUUGUGUUUUUGGAUGCACAUUCAGAAACAAAUUAUAACUGGUUGCCACCACUCAUCGAACCAAUUGCACUUAAUUAUAAGACAGUAGUUUGUCCUUUUAUCGAUGUUAUUGAUUGCAAUACUUACGAAUACCGUGCACAGGAUGAGGGGAGCAGAGGUUCUUUUGAUUGGGAAUUCAAUUAUAAGCGCUUGCCUUUAACAGAAGAUAAUAGGAAGAAUCCAACGCGUCCCUUUCACAGUCCAGUUAUGGCUGGUGGAUAUUUUGCAAUCAGUAAGAAAUGGUUUUGGGAGUUGGGAGGUUAUGAUGAGGGGCUUGACAUAUGGGGCGGUGAACAGUAUGAAUUAUCUUUCAAGGUAUGGCAAUGUCAUGGUACAAUGGUUGAUGCUCCUUGUUCACGAAUUGGACACAUUUAUCGUUGUAAAUAUGUUCCUUUUCCAAAUCCAGGUGUCGGAGAUUUCAUUUCCAGAAAUUAUAGAAGAGUUGCUGAAGUAUGGAUGGAUGAAUAUGCAAAGUUUUUGUAUAAGCGCAGACCACCCUUGCUCACUAUUGAUUUUGGUAUGAUGUUGAAUACAUAUCAACCUGAAAGUGACCUCAGCAAACAGAAAGCAGUUAGAAAAAGACUUAAAUGUAAAUCGUUUGACUGGUUCAUGAAAGAGAUUGCUUUUGAUCAGGAAAAGUAUUAUCCUGCAGUGGAGCCCGAGGAUAGUGCUAAAGGUGAACUGCGCAAUAUUGCAGCGAAUAAAUGCGUGGAUACGCAAUUUAAAGAUGCCCAAAAAAAGUUUGGUUUACGGAAAUGUAUCAGUGAUGAUCCGGUCAAUAAUGGGGAACAAAACUUUCGACUUACAUUUUGGCGAGACGUACGGCUCGAUAAGCGAUCAAUGUGUUUCGAUGUUCCAGUUUCUGUGAACCAAGCGCCUAUUGUUUUAUUUUCUUGCCAUGGCAUGCAAGGUAAUCAGCACUUUAAAUAUCUGCCUGACAAACAACAGAUGUAUCAUCCAAUUAGUGGUUUGUGCAUGGAUUGUGACGUGGAUCGAGGAGAUAUUUUCAUGAAUCCUUGUGACUCGGAACGACGGAGUCAAAAGUGGGCAUGGACGAAAAUUAAUCUGAAACUGAUUGAGGAGCGCAAUGAAAAAAAAACAUAG